CAUUGUUUACAAACAGAAGCAGCUUCCGGUCGGCAUUCUAAUUUAGCGCGUGCCGUGGAGCUAACUGUCAUUUGUUUGUAUUUUUAUUUACAAUGACUUCCGCCAGGGAGCUUUCUGCACAACCAACGUGAUGACAACUUAUCCCGAUGCUAUCGCGGUUAGUUUGACUAAUGAGCUGUCCGACUCUGUCAGAGACCGCCAGCCAACAGUUAGCUAACAGCUCCACAGAUGUUCCGCUGCCUGUUUGAUUCCCUUCAACAGGUGUUCACUACAGUCGGGCAAAGUCCGUCUCUGGAGGUUUCUCAUCGGUAACUAUUCCGAACAGACCUGUAGGCGUAUAUUCGCUCAUUUUUUCUGUAGUUAGCUGUAACAUCUGUUCAGUUAGCCAGCUGUUUACGUCCCGUUGCACGUUAGCUUUAAGUUUGUGUGUCAUGCUCAUCGGCCGCGUCCUGUUGAGUCCGAUCCAGUCGACCUGUUCAAGAAGUGUUGGUUUACAGAGGUUUUUCUCUGCCAGUGAAGUAUCAGUGCGGACACUGCGUCCAUUUUCUGCUAAUAACGUCAAUAACGUCAAUAACGUGAGCGCGCCUAAGCUGUCUGCACACCGGUUCAGACUUAAGCUAGCAGUGUGGGAUAUGCAGGCAGCCAAUAUCUCCUAUGGCAAAGAGGCCACUGCGGUUUCCUUAGAGGAGGAUGAUGAGGAAGAUGAUGAUGAUAAGAAGAAGAAGAAGACGAUGAUGGUUCCAGGUCCGGUGCAGACAGUCAGCAUGGAGGUCCAGCAAGAGGAGACAGGAGUUUGCACAGUGUCAGCAGCAUCAAGUGAGAAGAACACAAAGAGGAAGACGAGGAGGGAGAAGAAGAAAUUGAUGAAGAAAAAUCUCAAGUCGGCUGAUACUUCAGACAAUUUAAUGUCAGAGCUUCCGUUUUCUCUGACCAGCCCCACCACAUGGAAAGAGCUAGGAUUCCCCAGCCAAGAGUCAACCCAGAGGAAGAGGAAGAGGAAGAGGGGAGACAGUGGAGGGCGAGUGGACAGUGAAGAGGAUGCAGAGAAGAAGAAGAAAAAGAAAGAGAGCCAGCGGCCCAACUACUUUGUCUCCAUCCCCAUCACUAACACACAGAUCAGUUCAGCUGUGGCCGAGGUCCAAGAGACGGUGCUUCAGCAGGAGCCCCGACUGGCCAAAGCCGUGAUCCCUGUCCCGACUCUCCACAUCACGCUAUUAGUCACUCAUCUCGCCAAUCAGGAGCAAGUGGAUCUGGCGGCAACCGUGCUGGCUCAGGUCAAGCCGUCAUUGGUUGAGCUGCUGGGUGGGCGGGAUCUGGUGCUGCCCUUCUCAGGGAUCGGUCAUUUCAGGAAGGAGGUGGUGUUUGUCGGACUGGCCCCCGGACAGCAGAGACACACACUGGACAGUCUGGCAGAGUUGUUGCGGAGCCGUUUUGAGGAACAGGGUCUUCUACAAGGAGACAAUCGUGGGUUUGAACCCCACCUAACCAUUAUGAAGCUGUCUAGGGCGUCAAAACUACGAUCCCAGGGUAUAAAGCGUGUGGACCCAGCCCUCUACUCCAACUAUACAAACAAGUUUUUUGGAGACCAGACAGUUGAGCGAGUGGAUCUUUGUUCCAUGUUGAAAAAGAAGCAACAAGAUGGAUAUUAUCAUACUGAGACUUCACUACAGCUUGAUUUGGUUCAGAACCCACUCCAUGCCAAACGCUCAAGUGGGCGUCGCCGGUCUGAGCCCGACGAGGCGGAGCUACUGAGGGUCAGCAGGCGACUGGUCGAGGAUGCUGUCAAUCGCGCCUUGCAACAGUACAAACAGGAAACACUUCAAAAUGGGGGUGGGCCUAAUGCCUCGGCAGUGCAGCCCCCUGGGAGCGCUGAGGAAACUGCAACAAAGACGGACACUACAGCUAACUCCACUACAGACAACAGGAAGUGACAUCAUCGGACUGAGGUACAGAGACUG